AGCAGUCCUUCCCGAGCUCCUUCAGUCUCUCCUGAGGUUGUGUUGCCGGUGGGUAGCUGCAGAGCACAGCGAGCUACGACAAAUAGUGACUCUCCUAGUCCUCCGCACAAUCGCAAUGUUCUCCCGAGUACCCAGGAAUCUCCUGAACUCUGUUUGCGUCUCGGUGCAGAGGAACUUCUCCGUCACUUCAAAGAACAAUGUCAAGGUGGCAGUCCUGGGUGCCAGCGGUGGCAUCGGGCAGCCGCUGUCGCUGUUGCUCAAGCAGCACCCCGGCAUCACAUACCUCUCACUGUACGACAUUGCUCACACACCCGGUGUCGCAGCUGAUUUGAGCCACAUCAACACACGUGCCCAGGUCAAAGGCUUUGUGGGGAAUGAGCAGCUCAGCGAUGCACUGAAGGGCAUGGAGAUCGUGGUGAUCCCCGCAGGCGUGCCUCGCAAGCCUGGCAUGACGCGGGAUGACCUGUUCAACACCAACGCGUCCAUCGUGCGGGAUCUGGCUGAUGCGUGUGCCCAGCAGUGCCCCAAGGCCAUGGUGUGCAUCAUUUCCAAUCCUGUCAACUCUACCGUGCCCAUCGCAUCUGAAGUGUUCAAGAAGCGUGGAGUCUACGACCCCAACCGCAUCUUUGGUGUCACCACGCUGGACAUAGUCCGUGCCAAUGCUUUUGUGGCACAGGCAAAGGGCCUCGACCCAGCCAGUGUCAGUGUCCCAGUAGUGGGUGGACACUCUGGUGUCACGAUUGUACCACUCAUCUCGCAAGCCACGCCUUCUGUCAGCUUCCCACAGCCCGAGUUGGAGGCACUCAGCAAGCGUAUCCAGGAGGCUGGCACCGAGGUGGUCCAAGCUAAGGCUGGCGCUGGCUCUGCAACUCUGUCCAUGGCGUUUGCUGGUGCCAGAUUUGUGUUCUCGCUCAUCUCUGCUAUUCAAGGAAAGGAAGGAGUAGUGGAGUGCGCAUUUAUCAAGUCUUCCGAAACUGAAGCCACAUAUUUCUCAACCCCUCUUCUUCUCGGCAAAAAUGGUGUUGCAAAGAACCUGGGCCUCGGCAAACUGUCCCAGUACGAGUCCGAGCUCGUGAAGGCGGCGCUGCCAGAGCUGAAGACCAACAUCAAGAAGGGAGAGGAUUUCGUCAAGAAGUAAAAUGCUGACCUCUGAAUUGAAGUAUAGCUAUCAUUGAGAGUGUGUCAAGUGCCCAUCAGUGGAUACAUCGCAACUAAAUAAAAUACCCAUUGGAUGUGUGAAA